AUGAUGGUACUCGAGGAACUGCGCCGGGCGCGCAACUCUAUUUUCGACCCGGACGACGUCCCAAUCGGUUACGAGCGGUUCAGCGGCAAAAAUCCUAGCUGGUGGCGUCGCCGAACCGCGCUGGAAAAGGUUCUUACGCUUAUCAGCGUCGUGUGUGGAGUAGCCGUAGUGGCGUUAAUCAUAUCGCUGCUCACCGUUGUGCUGACGGACCGAAUUCAAAGUGAAAGUAGUUCAACGUCAGCGCAACCCUUGACCUCCGGAAGACGUGGCAAAGCCCUGUCCAAGCAUCCCAACUCCUACAACGGUGUUACUGGAAAGAGUGCGGAAGAUAUUUGCCUCACGCCAGGAUGCAUCCAUUCUGCUUCGAAGGCACUCGAUCAGAUGGACCAGGAGGUGGAACCGUGCGACGAUUUUUACAACUACGCCUGUGGUAAGUUUGUCAAAGAAACGACCAUCCCGGACGAGAAGGUUUCGGUGAACACGUUCUCCGUGAUUGGCGAUCGUCUGCAGCAACAGCUCCGCUCACUGGUCAGCGAGGAUAUCUCCGAUAGUGAGGCGACACCGUUCAAGCUCGCCAAGAACCUGUACAAGUUGUGCAUGAACAAGACCCGUAUCGAGGAGAAGGGAAUUAAGCCACUCUUGGACAUACUGGAAGUUCUCGGAGGAUGGCCCGUGCUGAAGGGAGACAGCUGGGAUCUGAGUUCGUCGUGGUCGUGGGUAAAGUCGGUAAAGGAUUUCCGAAACAAUGGCUACAGUACGGAUUACUUCUUCGAUUUCUCCAUCGGAAGCGAUUUGAAGAAUUCAACUCGCCGUAUAAUUGAUACUGAUCAAGCCUCGCUAGGCAUUAGCCGAGAGUAUCUCGUGAAGGGCAUGGAAAAUCCAAUUGUGUCCGCCUACUACAACUACAUGGUCGAUAUGGCCGUACUGUUGGGUGCCGAUGAAGAACGCGCCAAGCGGGAAUUGAUGGAUUCGCUCAACUUCGAAAUGGCAUUGGCGAACAUUUCACUGCCAAAUGAAAAGCGCCGUAACGCUACCGCUCUCUACAAUCCAAUGACGGUGAAAGAGUUCCAGCAUCGCUAUCCGUACACCGAUUGGUUGGAUUACUUUAACGCCAUCCUGAAGGAUACCGGUAUUGUGAUUGGUGAGGAAGAAGUGAUCAUUGUGAGCGUACCCACGUUUAUGGAAGAGCUGGGACCAUUGCUACAGAACACACCGAAGCGCGUAAUGGCCAACUACGUGAUGUGGCGAAUCAGUGGAUUCUCGUCCUUCUUCCUGACGGAGAAGCUCCGUAAACGUCAGCUGCAGUACAGUACCGCACUGAGCGGUAAGCAAGAGCAGGAACCGCGAUGGAAGGAAUGUGUAGACAUCACCUCCGGCAGCUUACCGAUUUCGGUCGGUGCACUGUACAUCCGGAAGUACUUCCGCGAGGAUUCGAAGCGUGCCGCACUGGAUAUGGUAAACGACAUCAAGAGCGUGUUCGUAGAUAUUCUGAAAAAGGUUGAUUGGAUGGAUGAAGUGACGCGUGUGUCAGCGUUGGAGAAGGUUUCGACCAUGGCCACCCACAUCGGCUAUCCGGACGAACUAAUGGACAAUGGAAAGAUUGCCGAGUACUACAAGGAUUUAGAGUUCCAGCCGGACAGCACCUACCUGAACACCAUCCUGUACAUGAACAAGUUUGGUACGACUAAAGCGUUCAAGAAGCUACGCAUCCCGGUCAACAAAACCGAUUGGAUCACUCACUCCAGACCAGCGAUCGUGAACGCUUUCUACUCGUCGAUCGAGAACAGCAUUCAGUUCCCGGCUGGUAUUCUGCAGGGUCAGUUCUUUUCGUACGAUCGUCCGAAGUACAUGAACUAUGGUGCGAUCGGUUUCGUCAUCGGUCACGAGAUCACCCACGGCUUCGACGACCAAGGUAGACAGUUCGACAAGAACGGCAAUCUGGUCGAUUGGUGGCAAUCGGACACCAAGAAAGCUUAUCUGGAGAAGGCCCGCUGCAUUAUCGAACAGUAUGGCAACUACACGGAACCGAACGUGAAGCUCAAUCUGAACGGUAUCAACACGCAGGGCGAGAACAUUGCGGACAACGGUGGUAUCAAGGAGGCGUACUACGCGUACCGCAAGUGGGCCGAAAAGCACGGACCCGAACCACGCCUUCCGGGGCUAAACCUUAGCCCGGAGCAGAUGUUCUGGCUGUCGGCCGCUCAGACCUGGUGCUCGGUAUACCGUCCCGAGACGAUGAAAAUGCGCAUCACCACGGGCGUCCAUUCGCCCGGACAGUUCCGCGUGCUUGGUCCGAUGAGUAAUAUGCAUGAGUUUGCCAAGGACUUCAACUGCCCCGCCGGUUCUCCCAUGAACCCUGAGCACAAGUGUGAAGUGUGGUAG